AUGUCGCGCCUACUCCUUUCAGAGCAACGUGCCUUCUCUUCAGAUCCCAUCUCAUUGAGCAGUCUGCAGAAUAUCCAUGUCCCGGAUAUAGACCUCGCUGAGCACAUCGAUCAUGUCCAAUCCGUAUCGAAACACCUCGCAAAUUCUGGCAUGCUCAAGAUCACUUUAGGAUUUGCAGAUGAAGAAAGCAACUACCUCACACGCCUCAUCCUCGGCCUUCACAAAUACUCAGGCCACAAACUCCCCAUUUCGCACAGCGCUACCCGCGGAUGGUACUGGGAUGUGAGACCCAAUAAGGACAAGUUUCAGGCAGGGAACCAUCAAGCAAGGUCUGAGACAAUGAGCGAAUUUCCAUGGCACACAGAUUGCAGCUAUGAGAAUCCUCCACCGAGAUAUUUUGCUCUACAGGUCCUGCAGCAUGAUCGAUUCGGAGGUGGAACUCUGUCCAUAAUGAAUGUUCAGAAGCUGUGUGGGCUCCUUUCUUCGGAAACCUUGUCUUCCCUUGCAGCUCCGGAGUAUCGAAUGACUAUUCCGCCAGAAUUUAUCAAAAAUUCUUCUCAAGCUUAUAUCGCCGGAAGCAUCCUUGGGUUGACUCCAAGCAGCCGAUUACCUGUGAUGCGUUUUAGGGAGGAUAUCCUGACACCUCUGACGGAUAGGGCAGCUCGGGCGCUGGAGGAUCUAAAGGGGAUUUUACGGAACGAAGAUAUCCAAGCUCAGGCUAUCUUACACCUUCAAACAGCAGAUCUCCCAAAAGGAUCAAUUGUCCUGAUCGACAAUAGGCGAUGGUUGCAUGCAAGGAACGAUAUCAAGGACCCCGAGCGCCACCUUCGGAGAGUGAGGUGGGAUGCAUGCAGUUUUGACGGAAUCUGUGAUGAAGUGCGACAUUGA